AGGGGACGUGCAGUGCCCUGCCCACCCUGGAGCCUUCCACCGACACUCCCCUCCCACCGCCCAGGGCGAGAGCGGCCGCGGCCCCGCAGCUCUUUCCUGAUUAUAUUGCUAAGCUCAUCUGCAUGAAGUUGAAGAGACUGUACCUCACAUAAAAAUCUUGAAAGGUUUCAGGGACUGCCUUCUCAGUGAGAAGAUAAAAGUACGACUACCAUUCAAGAAAUGAGUGGAUUUUUCCUUCCAUGUCAAACUGUAAAUUCCUGCAAAAUGUUUUUUGCUUAAACUGUUGAAGCUGGUAUGAAUGCAGUGGAAGGCAAUUUUUUUUAGCUGUGCAAAGCUGCCUGCGAUUUGAAAUGCUGAAGAGGAAAUUACGGUUUUGUCACAACUCACGCUUCAGGCUUUUCUUGGGUCUAACUCUUAUUUUAGUAAUAAUAUCUGUUUUAAAAGUUAGUCAGAAGCAAGACUUCUUAAAUCGGAGAUACCUAGAACUGACAAAAGAAGAUCCUAUUGGCAGUGUUAACUGCACCAAGAUUAUAGAGGGGGACAUAGAAGAAAUUGAAAAAGUAAAAUUGGAGACAUUGUCAGUGUCAUUUAAGAAGCGCCCCAGACUAACAACAAAUGACUAUAUUAACAUGACAGCAGACUGUGCCUCCUUCACGAAGACUAGGAAAUACAUUAUGGAAUCCCUCAGCAAUGAAGAAGCAGAAUUUCCAAUUGCUUACUCAAUAGUGGUUUAUCACAAAAUUGAGAUGCUCGAUAGACUUCUAAGAUCAAUAUAUGCCCCUCAGAAUUUUUACUGCAUUCAUGUUGACAAAAAGUCUCCAGAGUCUUUUCUUGCUGCUGUGAAAGGAAUAGUCUCAUGUUUUGAUAAUGUCUUUAUUUCCAGUCAGUUAGAGAGUGUUGUGUAUGCUUCUUGGAGCAGGGUGCAGGCAGAUAUUAAUUGUAUGAAAGAUCUCUACAGAAGAAGUUCAAACUGGAAAUACCUAAUCAACCUUUGUGGCAUGGACUUCCCUAUAAAGACCAACCAGGAAAUAGUAGAGAAAUUGAAGGCCCUUAAGGGCGAAAACAGCCUGGAAACAGAAAAAAUGCCUGCUUAUAAAGAAGUAAGGUGGAAAAAACACCAUGAGAUUAUUGAUGGUAAAAUAAAGAACACAGGCAUAGACAAACAGCUACCACCUCUCAGCACUCCAAUUUUUUCCGGUAGUGCCUAUUUUGUAGUUAGCAGAAGAUUUGUUGAAUACAUAUUAGAAAACAGCAAGAUACUGAAGUUCAUUGAGUGGGCAAAAGACACUUAUAGCCCAGAUGAGUACCUAUGGGCAACAAUUCAGAGAAUCCCUGAAGUGCCUGGAGCAGUUUCUUCUAGUGAGAAGUAUGACGUUUCUGACAUGAAUGCACUGGCUAGAUUUGUCAAGUGGCAGUACUUUGAAGGUGAUGUGUCUAAAGGUGCACCCUACCCACCAUGCAGUGGAGUUCAUGUUCGCUCUGUUUGUGUUUUUGGAGUAGGAGACCUGAACUGGAUGCUACGAAACCACCACUUCUUUGCUAAUAAGUUUGACACUGAUGUUGACCCCUUUGCAGUGAAAUGUUUGGAAGAGUAUCUGCGGCACAAAGCUUUGUAUCUGCAAAAGAACUGAAGUACUGCUUGUUCCUGUUAAGAAAUAAAAGUACAAAUAGUAUACAGCUAUUGUACAGUAAUGUAUAACACUGAUGGUGGUGGUGCUGAUGGUGGGUAUAAUGUUUCUCUCCAUGUUGAUGUGAUAGUGCCCUCCCUGCCUUGACCAUGGACAAGGGGGAGAGAAGAGAUGUCUCAAGUGAAAAUGGGGAUGCCUUGUGUUGCACACUGAGGCUUGGAACCUCGGGUACAAAAUCAAAGAUGGCAAUAUUUGUAGGGCCAACUAUGUGGAAUAUUUAUUAUCUACAAGGUAUAAUUAAUGGACUUCCUUUGGCUAGACUAUUUGUUUUUAGGCUUGGAAAAUACAUGUUGUUGGUGGUUGUUCCUCAGUUUUUUCCCAAGAAUCUAAUGCUAUCUGGAAGGGAAAGAUGAAGAAGGGGAGAA